AUGGCAAUUGCAAACCCUACCACAAACCCCGCCCCGUCGUCUUCGGACCCUUCGGUUUACCAGGCCAACUUUGAGGCUUUCGAUGCAGAAGGCCAGCCGAAGACAUCCACCGGUUGGCUGGACAGGGCGCGCAAGGUCUCUGAGAUCCUUGCCCCCGAUGCCGCUGCUCGGAGUAAAGAGCAGAAGAUCCCACGGGCUGAAGUCGCUCUGCUCAAAAGCGCAGGGCUGCUCAAGGUUCUGGGAGAUGUCAAGUAUGGCGGUGGCGGGCAGAGCUGGGAAAUUGGAUAUAAAGUAAUCCGAGAGGUUGCUGCGGGUGAUGGGUCUAUCGGUAUGUUGCUGGGCUAUCACCUGCUGUGGUCGACCACGGCGCGCAUUGUUGGCACCAAGGAACAGCAAGAGCGUACGGAGAAGCUCAUCCUCGAGAACAAUUACUUCAUUGGGGGCGCGGUGAACCCUCGCGAUAACGACAGUCGCGUCACGCAGGCGCCAUCUGGCGAUGGUCUCGUCUUCAACGGCUUCAAGAAUUUUAACACGGGUGGCGUCAUAUCAGAUCUCACAGUACUAGAAGGAAUCUAUGAAGACACAGACGGCCACAUCUUCGCCUUGGUCCAGACCAACCAGCCUGGAAUCAUCUUCUCGCACAACUGGAACAACAUCGGACUCCGCCUUACGGAAUCCGGUUCCGUCAAGAUCGACAACGUCCCUAUCCCGUGGGAAGACGCAUUGGGAUGGUCAAAGGAGACCAAGGCUCCGAUAGCCGAGGUUCUGGGCAUCCAAUUUCCCACCUUGCUCCUACCGACCAUCCAGCUGAUGUUUGCCAACUUCUAUAUUGGAAUCGCUCAAGGGGCGCUCCGGACGGCGCGACACUAUACAUCAACUCAGACCCGUCCCUGGCCGUUUGCCCAUGACCCGAAGCAGAGCGCCGCAGACGAGCACUAUGUCCUGGCGCGCUAUGGGAGAUUCUUUGCGUCCCUUCGGGCAGCAGAUGCGCUGGCUGACCGAGCUGGUCAAGAGCUAGCCGCCCUGUACAGAGAUCACGGCGACAAGCGAGACAUAACAGCGCGGCAGCGUGGAGAAGUUGCCGAAUGGGUCGUGAGUGUCAAGAUUGUCGCGACACACACCGCGCUGGAUGUAACCAGUGGUGUGUUCGAGGUGACCGGAGCGAGGUCGACAGCGGAAAAGUACGGCCUGGACCGGUUUUGGAGAGAUGUACGGACGCACACUUUGCACGACCCGGUGGCUUACAAGGAGUCGGAGCAGGGCCGUUUCUUCCUGCUGGAUGAGAUCCCGUCCCCAACCUGGUAUACCUAGGGGUCUGUGGUAGCAGCGUCCCGGGAUCUGGGAGUAUGUGGUAGUAGCAUGAUAUGACGC